GUGUUGUGGACUCGUGGUGCUGGCUGCUGCUGUUGAGGCGGCCAGGAACGGGCUGUGGGGAGCGGGCAGAGCUGGUCCUGCCCCUGCCUGGCCAGCGCCGCAUUCGGCGCGGGCCGCACCCGCCGCCGCCAACUGCCCUGAGCGCCUGCUGAGGCCGAGGGAGACGUCGGGGCCUGCACCUGGAGAAAGCCUGCCGCGCUGGCCCCAAGGAGGGGGGCGUUGCCAUGGCGACAGCCUCUCCCGCAGCUGAUGGGGGGCGGGGGCGGCCCUGGGAAGGAGGGCUGGUCUCUUGGCCUCCUGCCCCUCCCCUUACGCUUCCCUUGACUUGGAUGGGCCCGAGUUGGGGGCAACACCCUGGGCAUUGGGGCUUUCCGGCUCUUGCAGAACCUUCAGCAUCCCCAGCUGCCAGUCUUGGCAUCUUCGAAGUAAGGAGAGUUUUAGAUGCUUCUGGAUGUUCAAUGCUAGCACCUUUACAGACUGGAGCAGCUCGAUUUUCUUCGUAUUUACUUUCAAGAGCAAGAAAAGUGCUGGGCUCCCACUUAUUUUCUCCCUGUGGUGUUCCGGAGUUCUGCUCCAUAUCCACCCGAAAGCUGGCGGCCCACGGCUUUGGCGCAUCCAUGGCGGCAAUGGUGUCCUUCCCUCCCCAGAGGUAUCACUACUUUUUAGUGCUGGACUUUGAGGCCACGUGUGACAAGCCACAGAUUCAUCCUCAGGAAAUCAUUGAGUUCCCCAUCCUGAAGCUAAAUGGCCGGACCAUGGAGAUUGAAUCUACCUUUCACAUGUAUGUCCAGCCUGUAGUCCAUCCACAGCUUACUCCCUUCUGUACAGAGCUCACCGGGAUUAUACAAGCCAUGGUGGAUGGUCAGCCAAGCCUGCAGCAAGUGCUGGAGAGGGUCGAUGAGUGGAUGGCAAAGGAAGGCCUCUUAGAUCCAAACGUCAAGUCGAUUUUUGUCACCUGCGGAGACUGGGACUUGAAAGUCAUGCUCCCAGGACAGUGCCAGUACUUGGGCCUGCCAGUGGCAGAUUACUUCAAGCAGUGGAUUAAUCUGAAAAAGCCACGUCCUGUCAAUAGAAGAGACGGAGAUGUAUCGCGCCAAGAGGGGGGCAGAACGGAUGGGUGUGUGCAGGCAGGCGGGUGUUGCCAUCCUUCUCUCGGGGCUUACAGCUUCGCCAUGGGCUGCUGGCCCAAGAAUGGACUUCUAGACAUGAACAAGGGCCUCAGCCUGCAACACAUAGGCCGGCCCCACAGCGGCAUUGAUGACUGCAAGAACAUUGCCAACAUCAUGAAGACACUCGCCUACAGAGGCUUCAUCUUCAAGCAGACAUCAAAGCCAUUCUGAUUGGCCGAGGAUGGGAUGGGGCAGGACAGGGUAGCUGCUUGGCCCAGCCCAGAACCCUCCUCUCCCUCACACCAGAGGGGAAAAGGGAGUGGCACAGCCCUGCGCCCAGAGUGUCCCCUAGCUGCCCUGUGGGCUUGCGCCCUGGGCAGGGCUUGGCCACUUGGCCCCUCUGGAGCAGACACUUUGUGCCCCCCCACCCCCACCCCUCAAUCUUGGCCCAGUAUUAGCCCUAUCCCAUUGUGGGCCUGGGCUAGGGGGACCCAGUACUCACUGCCUCCUCCCUGGUACACAGGCUUCUGCUGGGGCCACUAGGCCCCCCCUGUGCCCCCUCCCAUCCAUAGUGCAUGGUGUGUGGUGCCCCCAGGGCUCCAGGACAGAUCAGGCCCCAUCUUGUGUCUACCCCAAUCCCCACUGUGAACGUGCCACUGAAUAAAGUCGGGGAAAACAAGACCCUGUGUGU